GCAUAUGGUCCUGCAUUUCUCUGCUGUUUCUCAUUGAUUAAAAUGAUAGAUGAUAGGUACAGAAAGCCACCAAUUAUCUCAAUCUUAAAACAAAAUUUUAGUACUUUAAAUUAAAAUUUGUAUAGAGAAGUUAAUAAUUUUCUAUUUUCUUAGUUCGUACAAUGUCCUUAUAAGUGUUCUAAUGGAUUAAAUUAUUUUGUGUACCUGCUAUGACCAAACCCAAAAAUUUUCUUGGAAACUUGUUGAAACCUUUCUUCUCAAGGUCCAAUAGAGGGAGAAAUGAAGAUGACUUGGAGAACAUUGCAGCACAAGAACAGAAGCAAUUCCCUUUUGAAGUUCUUGUUACUGCAACCAAAAAUUUCCACCCAGAUAACAAGCUUGGUGAAGGUGGAUUUGGGCCUGUUUUCAAGGGGCAAUUGAGUGAUGGAAGGCAAAUAGCUGUGAAGAAGCUUUCACAUAGUUCAAGGCAAGGGAUGAAGGAAUUCAAGAAUGAAGCAAAGUUGUUGGCACGUGUACAACAUAGAAAUGUUGUGAAUUUGUUAGGGUACUGUGCACAUGGUGUAGAGAAGCUAAUUGUUUAUGAGUAUGUUGCUAAUGAGAGCCUUGACAAGAUCCUUUUCAAAUCUGCUAAGCGAGAUGUACUCAACUGGAAGCAACGGCAUGACAUAAUUAUUGGGAUGGCUAGAGGGUUGCUAUACCUUCAUGAAGGUUCACAUAAAUGCAUUAUCCACCGCGACAUCAAAGCUAGCAACAUCCUACUUGAUGACAAAUGGGUCCCCAAGAUUGCUGAUUUUGGAAUGGCUCGACUCUACCCUGAAGAUCAAACGCAUGUUAAUACCCGUGUAGCUGGUACUAAUAGUGGCUAUAUGGCACCAGAGUAUGUUAUGUAUGGACAUCUAUCGGUGAAGGCUGAUGUGUUCAGUUUCGGCGUAGUAGUUCUGGAGCUCAUAAGUGGCCAGAAGAAUUCUAACUUUAACAGAGAUCCUGAUUCUCGAAGCCUUAUUGAAUGGGCAUACAAGCUUUACAAGAAGCGUAGGAGCUGGGAGAUUACGGACCCCGCAAUGGCACAAUCAGCUAUACCUGAUGAGAUAGCAAUGUGCGUACAGAUUGGCUUAUUAUGCACUCAAUCCGAUCCACCACUACGCCCGACCAUGCAGCAGGUAGUGGUGAUGCUAUCAAAGAAUCCCGGUUCUCUUGAUAAAGAACCAACACGACCUGGAUAUCCCGGUUCAAGAAUUAGAUCUCGCAGACCGGGUGGAUCGUCUCAUACAGGUGGAACCUCUGGUGCAUCCAAUCCUUCUACAUUCAGCGACUCAUCGUCUGGUAGCCACACGGUUAGUGCAACUGCAAGUACUUCCACGCUUUCAAGACAGAGAAUGGACCCUCGUGGAAAACGUCCUAUGAUAGAUUAGGCGCAUUGUUUUUGAAGAUUUUUCUCAUUCUUUUGUGUAUACAUUCAAUUUUGUUAGCAGGUAAAUUGCUUAUAGAUAGAGAUAAUGACUAAUGAUGAAUCAUACUGACAGUUAACAUGUAAAAACCUUAAAGGCUCCAUAUAAGGCUCAUAUGUAGUUUACUCUCAGGAAAUAGAACUGUGUUUUGCAAAAAGACUCGAGACUAUGUCAUGUUUUGUUUCCAAUAGCUGUUGUAUUAUCAUACUGAAAGAUGGAGUAGUCUAACAAAUUGUACGGAUUUGUACAAU